AUGGAUUGGAUCAAGUUGAUUGAUUCUGAAAUUGGAGAUAACGAUAUGUUCAUUGACGUAUUGAGCAUUAAUAAAUCUCCUGGAGUAGUUCCAACGUCAUCCACUGAUAGUGCUCCAAAUAACCAAUCGGACAUUGAGAUACAGGAUGUCACAGACGUCCCCAUAGAUGGACGGAAUGUUAAUACUUCGUUUCAAUACUACGGGUACACAGGAGAGUAUGAUCCUUGGCUGCGGUACAACUUCUACCAAUACGACAAAAACAACGAAUGUUCAUUCAGCUCUAAGUUCUUCAGGAAAAUGGGCACAGCAAAUGAUCCAGUGAUUUUUGCCUUUAAAGACAAAGAUCGUCUACUUCAAGAGACAAAAGAGAUUGAGAAUGGCAUUAAUCCAUAUGGUGCUAAGUUAUCAGAGAGAUUAGCGAGCUAUGCACCGAAUUUCAUCAUUCUUUAUCUAAGAUUUGUUUUCCCAUCAUUGCCGAUACUGGACGGGAAGUUCCUACGCGAAGUAUUCUCAAAUGAAAUGGCUGAGUAUAGCAAGAAUUCAGAAGACAUUGAUCCUUUGCUUCUUAUCCUCAUUGCAAAAGUCGUCAGACAAUGGGAUACAUAUGACACCUCGAUUGAAAUAUUCUCAGAUGACUCUGAAACAUUGAUGAAUGACAGAAAGAAGUUCAUGAGCACGGCUUGGAACAUGUUACUUGAUGAAAUACAUACACCAGAUUUAUCAACAGUCAAAUCUAUGAUCUUGUUCUACCAUUUAUUAGGACUCAAGAAGGAUUCACAAAUAAAUGGGUUUGAACAGAGUGUACUGUCGAGCCUUAUUACAGUAUGUUACAGACUUGGGUUACACGAAGACUGCUCAAGAUGGAAAAUUCCAGAGAUGGAGAAAAUGACAAGGCAGAGACUAUGGUGGACAGUUUACGUACUUGAAAAAUGGGGUUCUUUCGUCAGUGGUAGUCCAAGUCUGAUAAACGAUGAAGAAGUUCAUACUAUCCCACCAGGGCAAUUCGAAGAAAUCUUUGAGGACACAUCUGAGUACAUGAACAAUGACGAAAGCUUUGUCAAGUCUUUCCAUUUCUCUGUCAAAUUGACAUUUAUACUCAUGGAGGUAAAGCGGUCAUUGUUUUCUCCAAGUGCUUAUAAUAGUGACAAAUCAUUUCAGCUGGACAAAUGUGAAGAGCUUGAGUCCAAACUUGCCGAUUGGAAGAGUAAGCUACUUGGUAUACAAUCAGCAGAUAACAUCUCAACUCAUAGUCUGAUGAUAUCCUGUUUCGUUUUAGAAAUUACGAUAUUCAGGGCCCGUUUCAGAAUCAUGGGAACAUCAGAAUAUUACAACAUGUGCUUUUCUGAUGCUUCUAGAAAGCUCCAAGAAAUAGUUGACUACCUAACAUCCUUACCUUCCUCAUCAAUUCAUGGGUUUUGGUAUAGAUGGACAAGAUCUGGAUUCAUGUAUAUUAAGGAUUUUGUGCUCUCGUUGAUUGUUAUCUCAAGAACCAAAGAGCAAUCAUUGAUGGUAUUGAAUUUGACCAGAAGAUUCCGAGAGUGGCUGGAAUUGAACUCGAAGACAUUGCCAAUUCUUUGGACAACUCUGUUGCGGCUCAAUAUUGCAACCCAGAGUAUUGGAAAUCAGUUUAAAGCAAUGUCAAGAAAGAGUCAUUAA